AUGCGAUCACUGCAAGUCGCCGCGCUGGCGCUCGCGGCCAGCCAGUCCGCCUAUGGCUACGUCGACACAUCACCUUUCUUCAUGUUCUCGACCUCCGAUCUUCUCAACUCCGCCCCAAAGCUGUCCAGCGCAGCAGCUAUCACAUCAGAGAUCUCUCGAACACUAUCACUAUGUCCUUCAGACCACUACAUCAUCGUCAGCCAGCCUGGCGUUACAGCAAGAGACUACUCAUCGAAGAAGACAACACCAACGUUAGCACAGCGCCUUUCGUCGAAGGGCUCACAUGGAGUUCGCUCGAGCGUUUCAAUACCUGACGUAGUCGGCGAGAUCGAUACAGAGCAAUGGCGGAGGUCACUGCAAUCAAACUGCAAGCUCGAUGUGGUGGUUGUGGAUGCGACCGCAGGGUCGAUACCAGCCUAUGCCUCGUUUCCAAAAGCUCUUCACGUCACAAUGCCAGCACCAGCUAGCUCUACGGCAUCGGAAGCCUUGGGUGACAACGAUGCGCUCCUGGCUGCCAUUCUAGAUAUGCUUCCUUCAAGCGACUAUACGGUCCUGUACACCACCUCUCCCAGUCAAGGCAAGAAGGAUGCGGAGCCGGCUGGCGGCUAUGUCAUGGAUUCGGAAGCACAGGAGAUGCUUCACAUUGACUUGAAGCGGGAUCUGAGCCCAAGAGCAAGCAAUUCUUCUAGCGGCAAUACAACUCUGGUGGAUGGGGCUUUGUUCGAGCGGUAUCAAUUCUUCACGCCGGGCAUCUUCCAAGGCCUUCUCGUAGGCUUUAUCCUGCUAUCGAUCCUGUAUGUCGGCAUUUCAGCAUUGUCAAGUCUCAGUGUUACCUACGGGGCUUUCGACAAGGAACAGGGGCAGCUCGCCAACAAGAGCAAGGCGCAAUAA